AUGACGACGACGAGCACUGCUCAGGACUUCGCCAAUGGCUUCCAAGCGUCGUCACUCAGAGGUCCCGCUGCUACUGCCCCUACCACGCCAAAUCCUCCGCGUUCCCCGGCUCUCCCUGCGUCACCUCGCAACGGCAUCGUCGUCUUCUCCGGAGGCAGCGCGGCUAACAACCUUGUCGAUGUCUUCAACCACGUCCGAGAGGCAAAUAAUACGACUCUCGCCUAUGCAAUUCCAAUAUCCGACAAUGGGGGCUCAUCCAGCGAGCUUAUUCGUGUCUUCGGCGGGCCAGGCAUCGGAGACGUGAGAUCCCGCCUUGUCAGGUUGAUUCCACAAGAUGGAGAAGAGGCGAGGGCGAUGAGGCAUUUCUUCAACCAUCGCCUGCCCAAGUCAUAUGCACCUGCGAGAGCAGAAUGGCUUGACCUGGUCGAGGCCAUCCAUCCACUCUGGACAGGCAUUUCCUCGCCAAAGAGAGAGCUGAUACGCAGCUUUCUAAACUUCAUCAACCUGGAGAUGGUCAAGCGUUCAAGGCCGACAAGUCGGUUUGAUUUCUCAGGAGCAAGCAUCGGCAACCUUUUUCUGACGGGUGCUCGUCUCUUCACGGGAUCCUUCGAAGCGGCCAUCGAACUUGUCUCGAGCAUUUGCAACAUUCCCACCACAACAUCCAUCCUUCCCGUUUUGAACACAAACUUCGCUCAUCACAUUGCAGCCGGUCUGGCUGAUGGCACAGUCAUCAUAGGCCAGAACGACAUCUCACAUCCAAGUGCACCUGCCGCUUCAGCCAAACUUCAGGUGCUCGGGCAAACGGGGCCUGACGAUGAUGAACACGACAAGAUUGAAGAUGCAAACAUGCCUGGGACACUCCUCACCCUUCGUAAGCCAGCCUUGGACUUUWCCAAGACGGAGGAAGAGCCCCUUCCUUCCAGGAUUGAGAGACUGUGGUACAUCAAUCCCUACGGACAGGAGAUCAAGAUACCUGCCAAUCCGCGAGUACUAGAUGCAUUGAGAUCUUCGUCGGUGGUGAUUUACAGUAUAGGCUCUCUAUUCACCUCCAUCAUACCCUCGUUGGUCCUCAAAGGCGUCGGUGACACCAUUGCAUCACCUUUCAUCAGAAGUAAGAUACUGAUCUUGAAUGGGACACUCGACCGCGAGACUGGACCUCCUGAGCACUCCUAUACGGCCAUGGACUUUGUCGCUGCGAUAGCGAACGCUUGUUGCGAGAGUCAAGGGUUACCACGGCCUCAAAUGAGCGAGUAUUGGGCGUACGUGACCCAUGUCGUUCACAUUGACGGGCCAACCUCGCCGAAGAUGGAUCGAAAUGCUUUCCUCGGUAUUGGGAUUGAGACCAUGCGGGUAUAUGGCCAAAGCGGAAAGGGAGGGAGGUACGAAGCAAAAGCCCUGACGCAGGCGCUGGAAGCUAUCAUAGGAAGAAAAGAUCCACGAGGAGACAAGACGCGAAGGAAUACGGUUGUGACCUAA